CAUAAAAUAAGGCCUUGGAAAGAGCCCAUUUACAAAGGGUUAGGCCCAUUUAUCACGCCGUAGUCAACGAAUUUUGUUGAUCUCAGUCACGGCCAUAAACACGCCUCUCUGCUUCGCUAGUUCUAAGCUCUGAACAGUGAACAGGGUUCUUUUAAAGGAAGGAUGGGAUUUAUCAUGGAAUUCGCCGAGAAUUUGGUUCUGAGGUUGAUGGAGGAUCCGAAGGAGAGGGAUCGCAAAUUCAGGGAGCACGUAUAUGCUGUGAAGGAUCGAUGCAACAAGACCAAAGAGAUGUGGAGUUAUCCACUUCGCCCUUAUGGGUUCUGGACAUUUGAGCGCCACAAUGCCCAGCUCGCUUGGGAUGCUCAGAUUAGCCAGGUGCCCGGCCGUAGGGACCCGUACGAUGACCUCCUCCAAGAAAGCUAUGGCUCCCCCAAGUGAACAUUGAGUGAUGCAGCCAGAUUGAGAUGGAGAUUUCUUUUAAAGUAGACAGAAAGGUUGCAUUGUCUUGUAAUUCGUUUCCUGCAUGAUUUGUCAGCUAGUCUGUGAUAAUAUUCCGGACUAGUUCAUGAUUUUGAAUAACUUGUCCAUAUAACUCGUGUUAUGGAGUAAAUCUCUUUGUGGAAUGUUGACCA